UGGAGAUUUCAUAGCGCUAUUGGUGCAUCGUGGCACUGGCAACAUUACUAGUUACGAGCUGAAUUUUUCUGCGAGAACCCUAUCAACAUACUUUCUGCAAUCAAUCUUACUUAAAUAAAUUAAAUAUUUUAUUGAAACCCCAUGAUGGAUGCAAUAUACACCCAAGGCAUAUUGAUGGCUGAAACUCUUCAGCAAAAAACGAAGAGUCAAGAAAAACUUUGGCUGAUUGCCACUCACCUGGGGGACCCUAAAGCUGCCUUCCUUCUCAUCUUUCCAUUGGCAUAUUUUCUCAGCAAAAAGACUGGAGCGGCUAUUGUUUGGGUAGCAGCUAUAACUGAGUGGUUCAAUUUGAUAUUUAAAUGGAUGCUCUUUGGGGAGAGACCUUUUUGGUGGAUUGGAGAAUCACAUUUAUAUGAAAAUAACCCUCCCAAGGUCAAUCAGUUCGCCUCAACUUGUGAAACAGGUCCAGGCAGUCCAUCUGGCCAUGCUAUGGUUACCGCGGCAGUCUGGUGGGUGAUGGUUUCCUCCUUGGGUUCACGUCUGUACUCUCGUACACACAGUGUGCUGAUAGCCGCAGUACCCUACUUGUUUUAUCUGCUCCUGUUGGUUGCAGUUGGACUUUCUCGUAUCUUCAUUCUGGCUCACUUUCCCCAUCAGGUCAUAGUUGGGUCUUUGACAGGCUUAAUUCUAGGAGUAAUUUUGAGCCGUAGGGUUCCUGAACAUCGGCCUUUACGGUUCUAUGUGUGCUGCAGUUUGGGCCUGCUCAUUGGUACUCUGCUGUUCCACACAGCGCUAGGGCAGCUGGGGAUCAACCUAUCAUGGUCCAUUUCAUUGGCUAAGAAGUGGUGCUCCCAUCCUGAGUGGAUUCGGCUGGACACUGCCCCCUUCUCUUCACUCACACGCGACUGUGGUGCCAUUCUGGGUUUAGGCCUGGCCCAGCAUUGGAAGCCCGAAGGAUGGACUCUCCCCUGGGCCCCCAGAGCUCUGUGCCUGGCCCUCUCCUCCAUGGCUCUCUAUCAUGUCAACCGCUUGCCACUUCCCAUCCAGCCACAGCCUCUCUUCUACGGCCUCUUCUUUCUCAAAUUCAUCAUAGUGCCCCAGGUGGUCAUGGUCUUUAUACCUGGGUUGGUGCAACUGCUGACUGCCAAAAAAAAGAAGGAUUGAAAAUGAACCUCUGAGGACAAACUUGUAUUUUCAUGGACACUCCUAAAAAAGGUAGAUAAACAUGGACUUUAAAGACAGAACAGUAUUAAGUUAUUUUGAAUGACUUUCCUCCAGUGCAUCUAUUGAUGCAUUUGGGAAUUAAAUCUAUGCAUUGUAUGAUUCCUCUUCAUAUUGAAUACCACUCAUUGUAUUGCCUUCUUUGUAAAUCUUAUCAAAUGGGUAAAGUGUUUGUGGUAGUGUCGGAUUAAAACAGUGCCAUCAUCUGGUCAAACCAAGGGAAUUAUUUUAGUCAUUGUACUAUUCGAUGCUUGUAGAUAACAAAAAAGCUUACUCCAAGUGCUUUUAGUUUACAUAUGCUGUUAAAUUGCAUUAUUAACUUCAAAAGUAAAUAAAAUAACUGACAUGCCGGACAUGUUGAUAGCCAUUUAUAAAUAUGUUAUUCUUCAAUACAUAGGUCGACUGUACAGAUUACAAUGUCAUCAUGGAAUAGAAACACAUUCUUUUUAUUAUUGUUUUCAAUUAAACUUUUUAUCACAGCGCUCUGAAAGCCCACAUGUACAGACAAGAGAACUCUGCUUAGCAAGCAAAUACAUUAAAACAAAAUAAAAAAUAGAAAACUUCAGUUUGUCGGCGUCUGUCAAAUGAGAUUGAAGGAAAUGGAUAAGGAACAUUUCAGGACAACUGUCUUCCUACUGUUAUCCCAUACCCCAACUGAGUAUCACCAGAAUCAGGACACUAUACAUACCAGAUGGGUUUUUGUUAGAGCUCAAUUAAAUCAUAGUACAUGCAUUAGGCUAUAUACAGCAAACUCAUUUACAUCAAACAAAUACCCUAGGUUCUCAAGGGUAAUGCUUCUGAAAGAAUAUUACAAUUCAUACAUUUGAUUGAAUAAAUAACUGUUAGAUACCUCUCAAUAACAUAUAUAACUGGGGGAGUCACACAGGGUCUCUGCAGACUGUUCUCCAAUCAGGGCAGGGCUAUUCUGUUCUCCAAUCAGGACAGGGCUUUUCUGUGAUGAGGACAGAGCAGUGCAGUUCACUGGCAACACUAUGGCCUACCUCGCUUUACUAUGUCCAAAGUAAAUCCCGCCUGUCUGUAUGUCUGUCUGUCUGUCUGUGUGCCUUGUGUAACUCCAUGAGUUGCAGUGUGGGUUGGGAACAAUUUUAUUAAACUCCCUUUUAACAGCUAACUCACUCUGCCUCUCAGUUCAGCACUCUAAACCCACUCCGUCGGCAAAUAUAAAAAUAUGUUUGUGGUGAAUGGAUCCUUUGUAGGAGAUUAUUUUGGACAUAAUUGCACAAAUUAGACAGUUUGUUUUCUUGCAUGAAUAUGUUUGAGGAUGGAACAAUGGUUCUGAGAAAGAGACUGCUGGUCUAACAUCAUAAAAGACGUUUGGAAAAGACCUGCCUUUGAGAGAAUCUGGAGUUGGGUUGAGUGCGAUAUUUCAGACGGUAUAUACAGCCAAUACAAGUUGUGCUAUAUAGUACAUACUAUACAUCUCUAUAUAUUUAAAAACAAUGUUCUUUAUGUUAUGAUUCAUUUCUACUUCCUUUUCCUUCAAACAAUAGUAAUCCUUUAUCAAAUGUCCAUUGUAGGCCCAUCUGACCUACACACAUCCACUUACUGUAAUCUAAAUUCAAAGUCAGUCAUAACAAUAAAAUAAUUAAAUACGUAAAGUGCACCUUUAGUUAAGAACUUCACAGGCAGUAGUGCAGAAAGGGUUGAAUAAUACAAAAUUAAAAUAUAAAAGAAAGGAGAGAUACCCAAUUCAGUUUAAAUACUUCACAUUGUCUUCAAAUAAUACAUCUGUACUCUGACAUUACCUCUCCAUAGUGGUAAAUGCAAGAGGACCUCCUAACUUUGGCGCUUACGUGACCUUCACUGCUAGCUAUGUAAUUUAAACCUGAAUAUUAAAAACAAACAAAAAACAAUAUGGAUUAUCCAUCAACAAAUUAUA